ACAAACAACAUCUUUACUAAUACAUCUUAUGAUAACUCUAGUCGAGUUACAGAAAAUUCUUCCCUAGCUAAGUUUUAUGUUGUUAAAGUUCCCAAACAUGGCCUUUGAUGUUUGACAAUGUUGACGUACAAAACUCUCUCUCUCUUUCCAAACUCUUCCUGUUUCAGACGGAACUAAGUUAACUUCUAUACCAGAAAAAUUAAAGUUAGGGAGAAACAUAGGGUUUUGAUUCUAAACUUCAUUUUUUUUUCAAACCCUAAUUGUUCUCCCCCCUUUCUUCAUUUUUUUUUUCUUUUCAAUUUAGGAAGAGAAAGGAAUUGUUGUUUAUACAGUAUUAGAUGAUAAACCUACUCAAGGUUGGGAAGGGGAAGUGUACAGAGUUCUCUUUUUGCCGUUGUCAUUUCUAAAGAAGAACUUGUACAUGAUACUUGUAUGAAUCUAAGUCAUGCCAGCAUUAAAGAUGAAAACUAAACCAUGUACGGGUACAGGUCUCCAUGUGUGCCACAAGUCAAGUAAAAUCUCAAAGAAUUCUUCCUCUCAAAUCAGAUUAUCUCAGUACACAGCAGAGUUGGACGGAUCUGUUGAUAAUCAUCAUGAUGUUUUCUCCGACAUCGAAGUGUCCCAGGAAAUUGAAUGGGAUAAGCCUGAUGUUGCUCACAGAAACUUGUUGAAUGGUGAAGCUUGUUCAUUUCCAGAGUCACCACUAUCCGCAGUUGAAUCUCCUGGGGACGAAAGAAUGGAUUUGGCACCACCAACUUGCUCAUCAAACAUGGAGACUAUCUUUUCUCCUAUCUUCGAGUUCAAUGAAAUCCAUUCCAAACCAAACAUAUAUAAUUAUUCAGCGAAAGAUGACUUUAUAUUUUCUCAAUUGAUUGCUGACGAGGAAAGUAACAGUGCCAGCAGUAAUUCAUAUGGAUACCAAACUUGUAAUGUAUCGGAUUUCCACAUUUCGGACAUGACUGUGUCUGGUUUACCAUUUGAUGGAAGUGCAGGAUUUGAGGAUAUUAUGGAUUCCAAUAAUUUUUUUGAUUACGGAUGUUCUGUUGUUCCUGAUACAGUGUUUGAUAUGGCUGAGAGAUACAUGAUACUUCCUUUCCUUGAGGAAACUGGGGAAACAACCAAUAUUUUUGACAAGCGGGCAUGUGAAGAAGAAGAGCAAGAGGCCUCGAUAAACUCAGAUGAUUCUUGCUUAUAUCUAGCAAUCCAUCAGUUGAAAUCUUGUGAUGAACAAUCUAAUUUCAACUCUCACUCGGUUGUCGGUGUAGAUGAAGUAGACUGCUUUGAUCCACACUUGUUCCUUAGAAAUCUGCCUGAUCUUUCUGAUGUUGUUCCAUCUGUGUGGCCCUUACUGCUCCCAAAAGAAACUCGGAAACGGAAAUCAAUCACUCUAGUACUGGACUUGGAUGAAACACUUGUACACUCUACCCUGGAACACUGUGAUGAUGCUGAUUUCACAUUUCCAGUUUUCUUCAACAUGAAAGAACACACUGUGUACGUUAGACAGAGGCCAUACCUUAAGCCAUUCUUGGGAAAAGUUGCAGAGAUGUUUGAAAUCAUUGUCUUCACAGCAAGUCAAAGUAGCUAUGCCGAACAGCUACUUAAUAUAUUGGAUCCGAGUGGAAAGCUCAUUUCUCAACGAGCUUACCGUGAAUCUUGCCUUUUCUCAGAUGGUAGCUAUACUAAAGACUUGACAGUUCUGGGAGUCGAUUUGGCAAAGGUUGCCUUAAUUGAUAACUCUCCACAGGUUUUCCGGCUGCAAGUUAAUAACGGGAUUCCUAUCAAAAGCUGGUUUGAUGACCCAUCUGACAGAGCAUUAGUUUCAUUACUACCGUUUUUAGAGACUCUGGUGGAUGCAGAUGAUGUUCGCCCUAUCAUUGCGCAAAGAUUCAGUAAUAACCAACAGCAAUAAGGAAUAGUAACAAGAGUAGUAGCUGCGAAGGAAGACGGGUUUUCAGCUGUCAUGGAUAAAUCAAGUAAAGCAACACAAACCUUACCCUCGCUUCCCCUCCCCACCCCUAAAAAAUAGAACCCUCAUUAUACUUAAUCAUAGAAAGCAAAGGAAACAAAAAUAAUGUAUAGAUAGUAUUCUUGUCUGUCACGUCAGUUCGAUUAAGAAAGUUCAGCUAUUGAUGACUUGACAUUGUCUGGUUCUUCUAUUUUCUGAAUUUUUUGUUUUACUGCAUAAAGCUUCUUUGCAAAAAGAGCUAUAUGCAACUCCAGUGUCGAGAUUAGGUAGGUAGAUAGUUUGCCUGAGAGAAUGCUUUGUUGUCUGUCUUUUUUGUUUCUUAACAUUUGUGCAGAUAAAAUGUAUCAUUAGCUGAUUUGCCCUAAAGGGUGUGUAUAGGUUGUUAUGCUAUGGAUUUUGUGUUUUCGAUUGGACUUGCAAUAAUAGCUUGUAUUGAUAUUAAAUUUAGUAUUUGAAUGGCACGAGUCACAUGACUACGGUCAUGAAGUGAAUGUAA